AUGACCAAUAAAUUUUGCAAAUAUUCUGCAACUGGAGAUGAAUUGUUUAAAAAGCAAACAAAAGUUUAUGAACUGAAAUAUUCCCCGUUUUUGUCUGACAACGGUUUAGAUUAUUACAAAUCUUCCAAUAUAUUAUCUAUAACUGGUGAAAUUGGAAGUGGGAAAACUCUAUUAUUAACGUAUAUAGUUGCUGAUAUUUUGGUUUCAAACGAUACAAACAAGAUAAUUUACUUGGAUACAGAAUUAACACUCGAUUUUACCUUACUAAAACAGUUUGUUUCAGAAAAGAUUCUAGAAGAGAAUGCAGACGUUGAUAACCUUCUUCUUUCGAGACUCGUAUAUCUCCCAAUACGAAACCCUAUCGAAUUUUCCUUUAUAUUAGAUGGAUUAGAAAUAUAUCUAAAACUGAACCACAAUCUGAUACAUUGUCUCGUUCUUGAUUCUAGCACAUUUUGGUCAUAUAAAUGGUUAUUUAAACAUAACUCAGGCGACGAAAACGAGCUAAAGUGUUUGAUAAAUGAUUGUUUGAACCGAACCAGGCUAUUGUGUACCAAGUAUUCUCUAUUUUUCAUAUACACUAGAACGACCAAGAAUGUUGAAAAACACAAACAUUUUACCGUUCAUUUAAAUGAGCCUACGCAAUUUUUAAAUGAUGAACCCAUGGAAUUGUCAUAUCACAAAUUUUCAGACACCGAUGAUAUAAAACUGUCUAUAGAUCAAUACAACUCUAUCUCAUCCUAUGGAACAUCUUCAAGUGAUAUAUCACUUUUAGAAAAUCCAUCGAAAUAUUACAAAAAUAAUGAUAUGGAUACGCCUGUAAAUGGAAAGGGUAAUUUAUACAGCCCUAUGGAUGACUUGGAUGGUAUUUAUACUCCUAAUACCAGACGUAUACUUUGCUCUUCGUCGGAGUUAUCCGGUAAAAUGUAUAGUAGGUGCAAAUCAAAUAGACCCGUGAAACUGCUGUGUUACAUACCGGAAUCUUGGAUUUAUAAAGAACAAAAGAUUAUGGACAAUGAGCUUAUUCUCAUGUUAUUGUCCAUAAGAGAUAACGAUAGACACUACAUAGCAUUUAUAUCAAAGGAUAACAGAUCAACAGAUAACAUAAAUAGGUGUAUGGACCAUGAACGACGUAAAAACGGUAAACCAGUGGAGAACAGACUCCACUCUAAAUACGCUGUCAAACGAAUAAAAUUUGAAAUGGAAACAAAUGAAGCUAAUCUUGAAAUAUCAACCAAUAGAGAUGAUAAAAAGACUAUAUCUGGUGGAUUUUCGCGAAAUCAAAAGCAGCAGACCCUUGAUUGUAAUAUAUCCAACGAAUUGUUAGAAAAAUACAAUUUUGCAAUUUACAGUUUUGAUAACAAUCCGUAA